AUGAAGAAGGCGGCGGGGAGCGGCCGAUAUCGGAAGACGUCGUCGUCGAAUCAGCCGCAUUUUCGCGGCGUGAGGAGGCGGCCGUGGGGCCGAUACGCAGCGGAGAUUCGCAAUCCCUUCACCAAGUCGCGCAAGUGGCUCGGGACAUUUGACACCGCCGAGGAGGCGGCGCGUGCGUACGACGAAGCGGCACGGGGGUUCCGCGGCUUCAAGGCCAAGACGAACUUCGAUGAUCCGCCGGCGCCGAAGCAGCUGAAGCCGGUGAUCGGGGUAAAGGAAGUGUUUUGGACUCCUCUGGUGCGCAGGAGGGGCUAUGUUCCGGCGCCGGUGAGGUCGGAGUACAGAGGAUACGAGCUGGAGAAAUUGCGCGAGAUGAUGAGGAAGGAGGAGGAGAAGAUGAAGUUGGUGGCGGAGAGCGGUGAGAAGAAGAAGCCGUUACUCUUCGAUCUGAAUCUCCCGGCGGAUCAGUUAUUGUGA